AUGAAUCUGACCAACUGUACAAGGACAUCCGAAUUUAUUCUUGUUGGACUGCCAAGUAUUUGGGAAAUGGAAAGGGUGAUGUACGUCAGUGUCUUUCUGCUUUAUGUCUUCUGUCUGAUGGGCAAUGGGCUCAUUAUUGUAAUAGUAAGCAUAGAUCGCCAUCUCCAGAAACCCAUGUAUUUCUUCCUUAGCAACCUUUCUUUAAUUGACAUUGGGCAUACCACAGCCUUCAUACCUAAGUUGUUGAUCAAUUAUAUCUCUGCUAGUAAUUCCAUCUGUUUUUAUUGCUGCAUCAUACAGAUAUGCUUCUAUUUCCUUUUCGGGGUCACUGAAUUUUUCAUCAUCACUUUGAUAUCCUUGGACAGAUACUUAGCUAUUUGCCAUCCUUUGAGAUAUGCCAUUAUCAUGACUUCGGGGGUCUGCCUUAAACUGGCAAUAACCGCCUGGUUUGUAGGUUUUUCCUCCAUAAUUUACCAGGUAGUAAUGGUUGCAAACCUUCCCUUCUGUGCCUCCAACAUUAUAGAUCAUUUCUUCUGCGAUGUUGGACCCGUGUUGCAAAUUGCAGGUGGAGAUAUAGAUGUCAUUGAAGUUCUUGGCUUCCUUGUUACUAUACUUGUGGUGAUGUCCUCCCUGCUUUUCACCCUCAUUUCUUACCUCUUCAUCAUUUGCACCAUUCUCCGAAUGUCUUCAACCACCAGUCAGCAGAGAGCUUUUUCUACCUGUGCUUCCCAUCUGAUUGUAGUCUGCAUUUUCUACGGAUCAGUCUUUUUUGUCUACUUAAGACCAACCGUCAAGAAUUCUUCCUUUGGUGUAAUCAAGUCUGUUUCUGUGGUGAACUCCAUAGUCGCCCCAGUGCUAAAUCCUUUCAUUUACACCAUUAGGAACAAUGAAGUGAAGGAAGCCGUUUGCAAAGUGUUAAGAAAAAGGAUUCCAGCUUUCCCUAAAACAUAG